CUGUAUCCAAACCAACGGAACCAAUGGCCGUAACGGAUUUUCGAGCUCACUGUGCCCAUGUCCACUGCUAACCGUCGUAACUGCAUUUCGGAAGCUUAAAGCUCACCGGAGAUUUUCCAUCCAUCCAUGGCCGCCGCCGCCGCCACGCACUACUGUCACUACAUUAUUACGACGGUUAGUCUCCCCCAAUUCCGUUCCGACAGGAAACAUCUCGGACUUUGCCGCCAAUUCAAUGGCUGUAAGUGGAGCUCCGACGUUUCAGCCGUCACCGGCCUAACCUCACGCCGCCGUGGAGUGCGAAGAACUUCCUACGUCACCUGUUUUGCUUCCAAUAAUUCCGCUCCAUCAUCAGAAAUUAGUUCUACAGCCAAGAUAAGAAGUGAAGUUCUUUCUCCUUUUCGAUCCGUCCGUAUGUUCUUCUAUCUUGCUUUUAUUGCAAGCGGUUCUCUUGGAGGAUUUAUAGCCACAUCACAGCUGAUUGGAGCACUGGCAAAUUCAUCAAGAGCUGCUCAAGUUCCAGAGAUCGCACAAGGUCUUGCUAUAGACAUUGGAGCAGUCUCCAUAUUUGCCUUUCUUUAUUACAGGGAGAAUAGAGCUAAAAAUGCUCAAAUAGCUAAACUCUCAAGAGAAGAGAACCUCUCAAAUCUAAAGCUUCGUGUGGAUGAGAAGAGAAUUCUUCCUGUUAGUGAUUUUAGAGGAAUUGCUCGUCUGGUCAUUCUUGCUGGUCCUUCAUCUUUCAUUUCUGAGUGUUUCAAACUCAGUGAACCAUUUACUGAUGCCCUAGUAGAAAGAGGAGUGCUUGUUGUUCCAUUUGCUACUGAUGGGAAUUCACCUAGUUUUGAGUUUGAGGAAAAUGAAGAGAUGAGGGAAAAGAAUGCCCGGAGAAAAAGGCUAUGGCAGCUUUCUCCAGUUUAUGUAACUGACUGGAUCAAAUGGAUAGAUGAACAAAAGAAUAUGGCUAAUGUCUCCCCUGAGUCUCCUGUGUAUCUUUCUCUACGCUUGGAUGGUCGUGUUCGUGGCAGUGGUGUCGGAUACCCUCCUUGGAAUGCUUUUGUUGUGCAACUUCCACCCGUAAAGGGACUAUGGUCUGGUCUGCUCGAUGGCAUGGAUGGACGAGUUCUUUGAACUGAAAUUAGACUUUACUAUGAGCAUGAAUGAGAUCACUCGUCAGUCAGCGUUAACAGAAUUUGUUCUCCCCUUCUUUCCAUGUUUACCUUCUACUCCUUUUUCCUUGCUCUUUCGUUGAAUGCAAGGCUACAGGAGAGCAUGCAUAUUUACAAACGACAGGCAUGGUUGGAAUAUAAAGGGGCUUCCCGUGUUUUGAUUGUUAGUUUGGGCAUUCCACAUGAUUGGGGUGUUUAACAACACCAAUGAAAUGCCUCUAGUCUUGAUACAAUAUGUAGUCAUCCUUGUCGUAAACCUCAAUGAUUUGUAUAGAAGAAUUUUCCUUCAUAGAUACAAACUGCUCUACUUUUAUCAUUAUGUGUCAUUGAAAUCUUCCAUGUUAUAUCAGUAUCA